CUACUCUCCGGAGGGAGGUGCCUAUCUGAUUGUGAUUGCUUUGCACACAGGUGAGAGGAGCCCAUAUAUAACUGAUGAGAAGAGUGCUGAAGCCACUUCCAUCAGCAGCUGUUACCGUCACUAUUCAGGAUUUAAAAAUGUGUUCUCACCUGCAAACUUCUAUGGAGGGCCUCAUCGCAGUGUUCCACUCCUACUCUGGAAAAGAAGGGGACAAGUACAAGCUGAGCAAAGCCGAGCUGAAGAACCUGUUGCAGGGAGAACUCUCCGAAUUCCUAGCAGCCAGCAAGGACCCCAUGGUGGUCGAGAAGAUUAUGCAAGAACUGGAUGAAAACAAGGACGGUGAAGUGGACUUCCAGGAGUUUGUUGUUCUGGUUGCUGCACUGACCGUUGCCUGCAAUGACUUCUUCAUAGACGAGAAUGAAAGCAGCAUGAAAUGCAAGAAGGACGCUGGUUCUAAGUGAGAAAAGUCGCAUUGAAUCAAUAACCCUACCUUUACAAUUGUAUGCUAAGUGUCAUGUUAGGGAUGCAGCUUAAUCCCGGCAACUUGUAAUCACAGACGUCACUGCACACAAAACUCAAUUCUUUGUCUAAUGAGAAGUCCAUCUUAAUAAAAAAGUCAUCUGGUUUUCA